UCCAUCUCAGGCUAGACGUCCCAAGAAUAUCAGCAGGUUGUCCUUUGUCCCUGUUCUUCCUUGGCUCAGACGCAAAUCUAAAAAUGUCCUGGACGCAGCCUAUUCUUCUCACCUGUCUGGUUGUAUUGCUCACCCUUACCUUGUUCCAAGGGACUGACAGCACAGCUGUGUCAGAUAAGAAGGAUUCAAUGGCAGCCAACCCUCAAGAAGGUCCACUGCGGAAGAUCUUCAUGGCUGAAGCAGAUGCCUCUAAUUUCUUCAAACACCGAAGUAGAAGGGCUGCAAAAAGUCAGGAUGAGAUAAAUGCUGAACAGAGGCAGAGACUGGCUGCAGACAAGAGGAAGAGAGACUAUCACGAGGAACAGAGUAAUGAGUUUGAGAGUUAUGCUGAAGAGGAGCAUGAUGAGCAAGAUGAGCGUACCAGAGAGAAGACAGAGCAGUGGAGACAGUUCCACCACGAUGGACUCGACCCAUCUUAUGAAUACAACAGACACACAAUCUAAGACAGCAGUUACCUUCAAGGAAAGGGGUAGAGGAUACAUUAGAACAUCCUCCCUCAUGCAGGCCAAGGCAAAAUUAUAAUUUGUUUCUCUGGGUUUCCGGCACGUUUGCAGUAAACAUGCACAGGCAAGAGUGGAUAACAAUGUCUAUUUGGGCCCAUUCAUGCAUGUGGCAUAUAUGUAAUCCAUGUAUCAGAGUUCUUUAAAAAGAUGUACAUUUAUUCCAAGAUUCUUAUAUAGGCUAGUAUUAAUCCUAGUAGUUUUACUAAUAUUAAGUGAUGUAAAAAAAAUUAAAAA